AUGGCGGCCAAGACACGCAUCUGCUUUGCUCAUUUGGAGGCGGACGUCCAUCUUGAUCGCUCGUCAGAGCGGGCGCAGCGGAUUGUGGCCGGACGGGCGGCGGCGGCAGAGCGGGCGGCGGCGGCGGCCAAGGCCAAGGCUGAGGCGGCGGCGGCGGCAGCAGCAGCAGCAGCCAAGGCCGAAGCAGCGGCAGCGGCGGUGGAGGCGGCAGCACCGCGGAGUGAGGAGCUGGAUGAGCUGCCCGGGGCCGAGGUCGAGGCCGUCUACGUGGGCGACGUCUACGACGCCAUCGCCGCCCACUUCUCGGCCACCCGGCACUCGGGCUGGCCGCUCGUCGAGGCGCACCUGCAGGCGCUGCCGGACGGGGCUGUGGUCGGCGACAUCGGAUGCGGCAACGGCAAGUACAUGGCUUGCAAUCGCCGCCUGCUCAUGGUCGGCCUCGACCGCUCCGCUGGCCUGCUUGCCGAGGCCGCCGCCGCCGCCGUGGGCCCGACCCAGGGCUCGGGCGAGGGCCUGGUCCGCGCCGACCUCAAGGAUCUCCCGCUGCGUGAUGGCGCGCUGGACCAUGCCAUCUGCAUCGCCGCCCUGCACCACGUCCGUGAGCCAUCCGCACGUCGCGCCGCCGUUGCCGAGAUGCUGCGCUGCGUCGCCCCGGGCGGCACACUGCUCGUCACUGUCUGGGCCUUUGAGCAGGAGGCACGGACCUUUGACGGGCAGGACACGUUUGUGCCAUGGAAGCUGGCGCCGCGGUUCCAAGGGCCUCAGCACGCCGACCUUCCGCGUGAUCCUACCGGCAACGUCAUCCUCUACCGCUACUACCACCUGUUCCGCGCCGGCGAGCUCGACGCCCUCGUCGACGGUCUCGACGGCGUCGACGUCGUCGAGUCGCGCUACGAUCGCGACAACUGGUAUGUGGUGUUUCGCAAAGCGCCCGCCCCGGCCUAA